AUGAGCAACUACAACGAAAUUAAGGAGCAGAACAACUUGAUCCUCUCAGCGCUUCCGUCACCACCUGAGCGCAAGAUAUCAAGAAUUUCACUGAGAAAAACGUCCGGCAUUGGCGAGGACUACGUCGACGUGAUCGUCGACCCUUUUCCCGCUCUUCCCAUCAACAUCCGUGUUCCGUCGCUUCGAAAGAAAUCAGCGGAUGAUGAAACGCAAAGCACAACGAACAUCCACAAGAAAUAUACAGAAGGAGACCGACUGAAACAAUGGGAAAAACUGGAGGUGUUGCCUGAUACAGCUGCGACAGCCGCACUGGCGCAACUAGUGUUAGCUCGAAAGGAAUCGAUAAAACCGGACACCUCCGGGACGAAAAAGACAUUCAUUCCGAUGAAACGUAACUUGAAAAGAACAACAUCCUUGGAUUGGUCGGGAAAAUUAUUCGUCGUGCCAGCCAAACCAAAACUGCGAUUCACUUCACAAAUGAAUUGUCAAGAAUUGUCAGUCAACGUCAGCAACAUUGACACUGCGAAAGAGGAUUUGAGAACGGUAUCGGCUACUCUCGAAAAACAGACGGCUGGCAAAGUGUUGCAGAAGUUACCGAAAGAGUUGUCAGUCCCGAAGGAGAAUCGCUGCCAUGAACUGGAACUAACCUCGAGAACGACUGAGAUGGGAUCGCGGAGCGUUCCUAAUUCCCCUACAACCGUCAAGCCGCAUCUCCUCCUUCCUGAAGUUCCACAUGAGUCACCAAUUUGUACGAGGAAACUCACGCCAAUGCCACGAGAUCUGCACCCUCCACACCUGACCAAGCCGAUUCGCUAUGCCCUUUUCGAGCCUGUAAACUGGAUUUACGACAACUGUCGCGAUGAUGUGGAAUUCGACGAGAAAUGGCACGCCGUACUUGAAGCUAAUCAUCGUUUCCAACAUUCAAUUCACCAACAUCAACCGAAGGCACCACCGAUUUCUCCACCUGUGGCACAUUCAGGGCGCAGACAUUCGUUUGACAGACCCAUCGGAUUUGCUAAGAGAACAAUCAACCGAACAGCGCACUAUUUUGUUCAAAUUCUCAGGGAUUGGAGUUGUUUGGCUUUGUUUAUCGUUGACUUCGCAGACGUCAAAUGGACAACAAAAUGUAGUUUCGUUAAAGAAUGUCUUAUAAUGUAUCUUACUCCAUGA